AAUCCCUAAACAAAACAAAACCUCCCUCUUUUCCCCUAAUCACUCUCACUUUCCACUACUCUCUGCUCUCCUCUCUCUUCCCGAUCUCUGAACGGAACGGACUACCAAAGAACGCCGUUACUUGAUACGCACGCCCCCGUUAUGUCACGUGCCUUUCAUACUGCGAGUCUAUGGCGCAUCAGGGAUUGAGUCUCGCUCCUACGCCCCUUUCCGCCGACGACGACGUCGACGUAGUCCCUAACGGCCGCCACGCCAAGCCACCGGCCGUCGAUGGACCCGAUGAUGGAAACCGAGCCCCCCGGCUUCCGCGUUGGACCAGGCAAGAGAUUCUGGUGCUCAUACAAGGCAAGAGAGUGGCCGAGAACCGGGUUCGGAGGGGCCGCGCCGCCGGCAUGGCCUUUGGGUCUGCCUCUCAGGCGGUGGAGCCCAAGUGGGCGUCCGUCUCGUCGUACUGUAAGCGGCAUGGGGUGAACCGGGGGCCAGUUCAGUGCCGGAAGAGGUGGAGCAAUUUGGCCGGAGACUAUAAGAAGAUCAAGGAAUGGGAAUCGCAGAUACGGGAAGAGGCGGAGUCGUUUUGGGUCAUGAGGAACGAUUUGAGGCGCGAGAGAAAGCUGCCCGGUUUCUUCGAUAGAGAGGUCUAUGAUAUACUCGAGAACGGGACGACGGCGUCUAUUACUCCGACGGUUCUGGCUUUGGCUCUGGCGCCCUCGACGGCAGUGGAUAAGGAGACGGAGGCCGUGUUUGAUAGCGGGCGGAGCGCCGCCGCUGCCGUGGAGGAUGGCUUGUUUUCGGAUUUUGAGCAAUCAGCGCAAGAGGAGGCUAGUGGCGGCAGCCUGGAGACAGAAUUUACGCCGGAAAAGGAAAAGGAGGUUCCGACGACAGCCGUGCCAGCUCCGGUUCCAAUUCCAGAUAAACAAUAUGAGCCAUUUUCUAAAGGGUCUCCAACUCCAGGUCCAUCACAGGGCACACAGCAAACUUCAAAUCCUGAGAUGGGAACUACUUCUCAGGAAGGGCGGAAGAGAAAGCGUUUCGCGGCAGAUGCAGGUGGGGACGAACAAACCGACACCCUGCAUUGCCAGUUGAUCGAAAUUUUAGAAAGGAAUGGUAGAAUGCUGAGUGCUCAACUGGAAGCUCAGAACACCAAUUUUGAAUUGGACAGGCAGCUGCGGAAAGAUAACAUGAGUUGCUUAGUUGCUGUUCUAAAUAAACUGGCAGAUGCUUUGGGAAGGAUUGCGGAUAACCUAUAGUAGAGAGCUACCAGAACAUAGUGAGUGUAUAUAGCAGCACAAAUGAUAUGGUCGGAGCUCAAUGGAUUGUAAGGGAGCUUUAAGGAUUUAGCUGAUUGGAUUACAUAAAAGUUUGAUUUUCCUUUUA